AUGAGAAGUGUUAACUUAACUCCUUCUUCUUUGUGGGACCGUGAGCAAGCAUUUAUAAGUCACAAAAAAAGACUUAAUCACAUAAAGUCGCAUCGCUCAACAAGACUAGGCAAUUCGCCCUCAGCAACGAAGAACUUAAUCCCUCCGAUUCAGCGUGCACAUAUUUUCAUAGAGUUAGAGCACUCCAAAGCAAUCCAAAAGGACAACGAGGAGCUCUUACAAAGGCUCAGCAUCAUUUCCACAAGGAAAUCUGUACAUUCUAUUUAGGUGUUCUCUGCAAACGGUGAAAAGUUAUCGCCUCAAAGGAGUCUUAAUUUCACUUCAAGGAAAAAAGAAGCUGAGAGAAUUUUGUAUGAAAACUUUGCGUUUCUAAAAAGAAUCACAGAAAAACCAUCAAGUGUUAAUAUAAAAAAAUUUGAUGAUGAUUAUGAACAGUCAAGGAAAUACAAGCAAACAAUAUCAAGAGUUCACCAUAUUGAAAGAACUGCAAGUUUGGGAAAAACCUGCAAACUCCCACCAAUUAAUGAAGAAUUCGGUUCAAAAGCUAAGACUCAAGAGAAAUUUAAUUCAAAAAAGAAAAGCCUUUCAAUGAAUGAAAAAGAACUAAGAGAAUUAGCAGGGAAAUUCAAAACUUUUGAUGCAUUAGGAUUAUUAAAAGUCAGGCGUUAGCCAUAUUGGUGACGCAACCACCAAAGACCUCUUGCCCUGGAGGUUCUCCCGCUUUUCGACUCCAGCCAGGAGGGUCUUUCUCCCGAUGGUGAAUGCCACUUCCGGUACCUUCUGUCUCCUCCUUGCCUUACGACGGCUUCAGUUCUAGAAUCCAAAAGGACGUUGCUGAGCAUCUCCAUUUCCAACCACAGGAAAGCAGCCAAAGCCUACCCGGAUGCACAUCUCUUGAGUAUGCACUUAAUUCUCGGCUCGCAGUUCGUCCCAGUUUGCCGUGACCGUAAGGUCUGGACUGUUGCGCCAAGAGGGCAGGCUGUUACGUGUCGCCAUUUUAAUGUAUAUAUAAAACUUUUGAUGCAACUACAACAGUUAAAAGCGAAGAAGGCUUGAAUAAUAACGCUACUAACGAUGGUAAUAAGCAGAAAAUGAAUAGUAAAGAAGUUAUAACAAAAGAUGAUAUUGAUAGUCUAGCAAAGAAUUAA